GCGAGGGGCCAGUGCGCCGCCGCCAAGGACAAAAGGAAGCCCGCGCCCGCGCGUCCGCCGAGCACGCUUCCUCCCGGAUCCGCGAUGAAGAAGACCGAGAUGGGAAGGUUCAACAUCUCCCCGGAUGAGGACAGCAGCAGCUACAGCUCCAACAGUGACUUCAACUACUCCUACCCCACCAAGCAGGCCGCUCUGAAAAGCCAUUAUGUGGAUGUGGAUCCUGAAAACCAGAACUUUUUACUUGAAUCCAAUUUGGGGAAGAAGAAGUAUGAAACAGACUUCCAUCCAGGUACUACUUCCUUUGGAAUGUCAGUAUUUAAUCUGAGCAAUGCGAUUGUGGGCAGUGGAAUCCUUGGGCUUUCUUAUGCCAUGGCUAAUACUGGAAUUGCUCUUUUUAUAAUUCUCUUGACAUUUGUGUCGAUAUUUUCCUUGUAUUCUGUUCAUCUCCUCUUGAAGACUGCCAAUGAAGGAGGAUCUUUAUUAUACGAACAGUUAGGGCAUAAGGCGUUCGGACUGGCUGGGAAGCUGGCAGCCUCUGGAUCGAUCACAAUGCAGAACAUUGGAGCUAUGUCCAGCUACCUCUUCAUAGUGAAAUAUGAGUUACCUUUGGUGAUCAAGGCGUUAAUGAACAUUGAAGAUACGAAUGGAUUGUGGUAUCUGAAUGGUGACUAUCUGGUCCUGUUGGUGUCUCUGGUGCUCAUCCUUCCGUUGUCGCUGCUGAGGAAUCUAGGGUACUUGGGGUAUACCAGUGGCCUCUCCUUGCUGUGUAUGAUGUUCUUUCUGAUUGUGGUGAUUUGCAAGAAGUUUCAGAUUCCUUGCCCGGUGGCGGCUUUGAUGGUCAAUGACACAGUGAACGCCACAUCAGCACAGGCGGCCCUGGCACUCCUGGCAUCCAACGUGACGUCUAAUGCCACCGUAGCCGACUGUUGCAGGCCGCGGUAUUUCAUCUUCAACUCACAGACGGUGUAUGCCGUGCCAAUCCUGACCUUUUCUUUCGUCUGCCAUCCUGCUGUGCUUCCCAUCUACGAAGAGCUGAAAGGCCGCAGCCGGAGGAGGAUGAUGAACGUGUCCAAGAUUUCUUUCUUCGCCAUGUUCCUCAUGUAUCUGCUUGCUGCUCUCUUUGGAUACCUGACAUUUUACGGACAGGUCGAGUCGGAAUUGCUUCAUACCUACUCUUCCAUCGUGGGCACUGACAUCCUUCUCCUUGUUGUGCGCCUGGCUGUGUUGAUGGCAGUCACCCUCACCGUACCAGUGGUUAUUUUCCCGAUCCGGAGUUCUGUUACACACUUACUGUGUGCCGCCAAAGAGUUCAGUUGGUGGCGUCACAGUGUCAUCACCGUGUCUAUCCUGGCCUUCACCAAUUUGCUUGUCAUCUUUGUCCCUACCAUCAGGGACAUCUUCGGUUUCAUUGGUGCGUCGGCAGCGGCCAUGCUGAUCUUCAUCCUCCCGUCUGCCUUCUACAUCAAGUUGGUGAAGAAAGAGUCCAUGCGGUCCGUGCAGAAGAUUGGGGCCCUGCUGUUUCUCCUCAGUGGCAUAGUGGUGAUGAUCGGAAGCAUAGCCUUGAUUGUCCUGGAUUGGGUACACAACGCCUCUACAGGUGGCCACUAAUGGCACCACUCAAACUCAAUGGUCCAUCUGCCGCCCGCCCAUGCUGAGUCAACACUGACUUGCUCAGAGAUGGCACCCGAUGCUUUCGGUUCACUUCCUUUUGAAGUGCAGAUUCCUCGCUGGUUCUUCUGGAUGCAGAAUAAGUGGAACUUUUCUUUUUGUUUUUGUUUUUUUUUUUUCUUUUGGGCUUUUUUUUAUUUUUGUUUUUUAAGAAACUUAUCUGUGUGUUAGGGAAUGGAUCUUAACAGCAAAACCACGAGUCUUGGGUUAAGGGAAGUGAUUAUUUAUUCCAUUCCAGAGAAUGGACGAACUUUUAACUUUUUAUCAAGCCACAUGCUUGGCUGUGUCAUUGUUUAACUUGGAUAUUUUAUGAUUUUACUUGAAUGUGCCUAAUGGAACCAUUCGAUGUGAAAAAACACUUAAUUUACAGCAAAGUAUUGAAAUAAGCAUUGAGAAAAACACUUAUUUUUUGUACCAAAAAAAAAUACUUUAAAAGACCUCAGAAGCACUAUUUUACUUUGAAGAAGUUGCAUUUUUUGAACUUUAUCCAGAACCAGUUGUCAAUAAACUCCGUAAAAACAAUUUCAUUGAUAUUUAAAAAUGAAUAUUAGUAUUAUGAAAUUAUUUGCCUUUUUUGUAGGCAUUAUAAGCCAAAUACUUUUUUACCCAAAAUCAUUUUCGGGAACAUGUUAAGAAAAGUUGUACCAUGAAUUAGCAUAGUUUUGUUUUGUUCAUUCAAAUUUCAUUUAAAGGAUAAUUGGUAACUGCGGCACCAGAUCAGGUGAACUCUGUUCAUCGCCCUCUGCCUCCAGGUAACUGGUUCAUUAAAACUAAAAUGUUUAUGUCUUCAACCUACGAGGCUGGAAAACAGUGCAGAUAUUUCUGUUGGAAAUGAAAUAACUGAUUUUGAGGUACCAAAUAGUUAGUGCAAUUGGGUAAAACAGGGUUUAUUCAGUUGCGUCUGUGUCCAGAGUUGUAUUGUCAGCUCUGGGUCGUGCUUUUGGGCCAGCCCUUUGAAACAUUGCUUCUAGAAGUGAAAAUGAGCAUCUAAUGGCAGAAGGCCAGAACUCUCCAAUGGGAAGUGCGACUUUGCAAUGCUCAUCUCCUGGAAGCGUGAUUUACUUGACAACACGUGGCUCAGUUGUGUUCCUGCUGUGUCCACAGUAGAGGUCUGAGCCACAGGCUGCACCGAGGCCGGCACACUGCGAGUUCUCGUCAGAAAGACCACUGGGUUUCCCAUGCAGUAAGCUUCUUACAAACUCGCACUGGACUGUCAUCUCAUUCUUGUACAAUGCAGAAUUGUUUGUUUACAUCGAACAAAUGAUUAGUUAAGAGGAAGUUGCACAACCUGGUUGUGCUUAGUUCCUGGUCCGACUGCAUGCUUACCUUUCCAUUUCAAUUCCAGUUAAAAGUGAGAACAUUACUUUCAAGCUUGGCUUUAAGAGCACAUUUAUUGUAUGUUAACGGUGUAUGGUGACUAUAUUAUUAAAUAAUGUGGUACUUUGCUCAUCAGGCAUAAUGUCUAAGAUCUAAUAUACAUAAUUCCAUUAAGUGGUUAAGGGAAGCAAGUGGAAUCAUCAAUUGGCCAUCUGGCUCUUGAGGUUAUCUCUUGAACAGAAUAUUUUUAGUUUGAGGCAGGAGCCAGAAAUGUGGCACACAUGGUUUUUUGUUACACAGUCUUGUAUUGUAUAUGUGGCUAAAUUCCUAGGCAAGAUAUGUCUGCUCUUAAAGACCCUGGCAGACUGGAAGACGUCUGGGCGUGCUACAUUGGGUAAGACCAAUGGUCCAUUUUGUGAAACCUCUGGGGACCGUCUAGAAGCAGAGGCAGUGAGAAGACACUCUACCACGCUGCUUUCAUUUCAUUCAAAACCAGAACCUCACCUGUAGUUCAAGAAUUAGCAUUUCUGCCUGAAGUCCUGGAAAGAGUUGCUGAUAAGACCUGCCAGGGAUGCUGAGAAACAAGCAUCCGAGAGAAAGGUGCCAUGGCAACCAGGAAGAAGUGGAGGAGAAAAUCCUGUUCACAGCCAAUCCGUGUGGAAAGACUUUCCAAACCUUCUUGUGAGGGAGCACAAUAUAAGGUUCAAAAUGAAUUUUUAGGCCAAAUUCCAACGCUUGAGGCUGUUUGACCUGCCUUGAGGUUCCUAAACUGAAUUCCCGUUCACGAGCAGUCUUCAGUAUUAAAACCACUGUCCUGACACCUCGUUUUUACAUUGCAGUCUUCCAUGGACAUUUCAGUUAUAACUGUACUGUUAUUUAUAGAGCAGCAUUAAUCCAUUAAAGCUAACCUAUUUUUCAAUAUUUAUGAUAAACUGUACAUACAUUGUCCAUAUGUAUUUGUAAAUAGAUUGUAUAUACUGUUGGAACUGGGUCUUGGGUUCAAAUGUAUAUAUUCCCAUAAGUUUCUUAACUGCAUUUUGAUGAAUUUACAUUAUACAUAAGUCCCCAGAGUACUUGUACAGAGAAUACAAUAUUAAAAAUUGACAUUGUGUAUAAAUACUGAAAUUGAAAAUAACUUGUUUAAAUUGUAUUUGCAAUAAGCUGAUUGGACAUCAAUUUAAGUUAAAUCUCAUUUAAAUUUUAAAUGAGGUCUAAAUUUUCAAAAUGCAGCAGCUACAACAUGCUAUCAACGUCAAAUGUGACCACAAGGGAAGAUGGGAGAACCUUGGUUGUGUAUAUAGUGUACAUGUCCCCCUGUACUGUUAGAGGCCAACAUGCCGCUGUGGCUUGUUGGCAGGGAGUGCUACACCGGUUUCAAUGAAACAAUGUAUGUUUGUUUUAACUGAACUAAAAUAAAUACAUGCUUAAUCCUGA